GAAAAAGCAAGGCACAGAACCCAAACCCCUUUAAAUUUCAUCUCUCUCUCUCUCUCUCUGUGUGUGAAAACAAACAGCAGUGAGACAAGGACAAAGAAAGAAGAUAUGGAUGCGGUUUCGAAGGACGCUCAGCUUUCUAUAGCGGCCUUUUCGAUGUUUCCGGGGUUUAGAUUUUCACCGACGGACGAGGAAUUGAUUUCCUACUACCUUAAGAACAAGCUGGAGGGACCCGCACCCGGGAAGACGGUGGAGGUCAUCUCCGAGGUUGAUAUCUGCAACUUCGAACCCUGCGACUUGCCAGCUAAAUCUAUCAUUCAAUCGGACAAUGAAUGGUUCUUCUUUUCUCCACGAGGAAGAAAGUACCCAAAUGGUGCACAAAGUAGGAGGGCAACAGAAUUUGGUUAUUGGAAAGCCACAGGAAAGGAACGUAACGUAAAGUCAGGUUCUAAUGUUGUUGGUACAAAGAGGACACUUGUGUUCCACGUAGGUCGUGCACCAAAAGGGGAAAGGACAGAAUGGAUUAUGCACGAGUACUGCAUGAAUGAUAAAUCCCAGGAUUCUAUGGUUGUUUGCCGCCUUCGGAAGAACAGUGAGUUUCGUUUGAAUGACACCACAAACCGAGGUUCUUCAAGUCGGAGUCCUUUAUCAACUAUGCACAAGGGUGAAAGCGCCAUCUCUGAAAUUGGUAAUGACCAAGGGGAUAAGGCAGUUGAAUGCCCUUCGAAAAAGUCUACUAGCAGUCAUGAUUCUCAGUCUAUUGAGCAAAUUGAUUCUGCAUCCGACGCCUACCAAAAACUUGUAACAGAUGCUACGCAGGCAGACUCUACUGGCCACCAGAAGGGUUCUUAUGAUGAAGACUUCUAUGCGGAUAUACUGAACGAUGAUAUAAUCAACAUCAACCUAGAUGAAUCUUUGGUGCCUGCUGCUCAUAUGAUGCCAGUUGUUGCCAACAACUCAGAGGCUGAACAUCAAUCUCAACAACAUAUGCAAGACACUUCGUCGCAAGCAGUUCCUUUCCAAGGUACUUCAAACCGAAGAAUCUAUUUGAGAAAGAGAAAGGAAAAGUUUCGUGCAGAGUCACAGCCAAAAGCUUUAGUGAAUAGGAUGGACGAUCGACAUGCGUUGAUAUACAUACUUUUUGUUUUUCUGGUAUUGCUGGCUGUGUUUGUAUCCAAUUUUUGUUUUCCUGACGUUGCUGGUUCUGUUUCUGCUGUCCUUGGAAAGAUCCUGGCAAGUAAAAAACAUCACAUGUAAGUCUUUGUAUAAGCUUGCUGCCAUAAUAUGUUAAUGUUAUGACUUCUUUUCUAA